AUGCACACCUUCUCCAAUCAUCCAAUCGGGUUGCUCCCGAUGGAGCAGAACUAUGACCCAUCUAAACCUUCAAUUGCGGAAUUUUUUACCGGUCGAGACAUUUUUGUCACCGGUGGUACGGGAUUCAUGGGUAAAGUCUUAAUAGAAAAGCUUCUGCGAUCCUGUCCUGAGCUCAAUAAUAUCUACAUUUUGAUUCGUGAGAAAAAGCAAAAAUCGAUAAAGGAGCGUAUUCUGGAGAUGCAGCAGCUUCCGUUAUUCGAUAAACUUCGCGGUGAACAGCCGGAACUAUUAAAUAAGAUGGUUCCGGUGCAAGGUGAUGUUUCGCUUCUAGGGCUCGGCCUGUCUCAGAAUGACAUCGACAUGAUGGCCAAUGUCUCGGUCAUUUUUCAUGUAGCCGCCAGUGUACGAUUCGACGAUCCACUCAAGACCGCAAUAUUGCUGAAUACACGCGGUACACGUGAGCUGGUCCAUUUUGCAGAACAGUUACCUUCACUUCGUGUGUUAAUGCACGUUUCUUCUACCUACUCGAACCCAGAUCGAUAUGUAAUAGAGGAAGAGGUUUAUCCAGCUUACGCUGAUUGGCGGGACACAAUACGCAUUGCAGAAACGUUCGACGAGCAGACGCUCGAUGUGCUCGCACCGAAAUAUAUGGGAUUCUUGCCAAACACGUACGUGUUUACGAAAAGUCUCGCCGAACAGAUUGUAAACGAGCAUAAGGACCGUCUGCCCAUGAUCUUGUUCCGGCCAUCAAUUGUCAUCUCGUCGAUGAAAGACCCUAUUCCAGGCUGGAUGGACAACUUCAACGGCCCGGUCGGAUUGUUGGUCGGAUGCGGCAUUGGCAUAUGUCGUACAAUGUAUUGCGACCCUAACAACAUUGCCGAUUUUACGCCGGUUGACGUAUGCAUCAAGGCAAUGAUCGUUGCCGCGUGGAAACGUGGCACUGAACCAGUGCCCAGCAGUUCUAAUCAAGAUCUUCCGAUAUACAAUUGCUGCAUUUCCAAUUUGAGAAACUCUACCAUGUCACAGAUUGUAGAGAUGGGUCGUACCUUAUCCGACGAGAUUCCACUGGACAAAUGCAUUUGGGCUCCUGGUGGGGGUAUAACACAAAUUCGUAUACACAACUUGAUACGAGUGCUUCUGUACCAUAUUCUGCCAGCUAUUUUAAUUGAUGGAAUAUUUCGUCUGAUGGGUCAAAAGCCGUUCUUGGCGAAGUUACAAAGGAAAAUCUACACUGCAAACGUGGCGCUCGAGUACUUCAUUUUGAAUAAUUGGGAUUUUAAAAAUGGCAACUUUAUAAAGCUAGCGUCGGAAAUCAAACCAGAGGACAACAAAGAUUUCUACUACCGUGACUUCAUCGAAUUCGAUGUAACACUGUACUUUCGCAAUUGCAUUCUCGGUGCCCGAAGGUACCUUCUAAAGGAGAAGGACGAAAAUAUUCCGAGAGCACUUACACAUCUCAAACGGAUGAAGCUGUUGGAUAAAAUAUGCAAGACUAUCAUUGUGGCAGUCUUUAUGUACAUUACUCUUAUCCAGUUUGACAUGCUAGGAAUGAUACUUUACAUCAUUUCUUAUAAACCAUCGUACGCUUUAGAUAUCGAUUGUAAAUGA